GCACUGCAAACCGAGCGUCACCCGGAUUACCCAGCAGCCGGCAGCGCAGGCGCAGUACGUCCGAUUCGGAUUACCAUGGCGGCCUGCGUCCUCUCCCGGCUCUGGCUCGGGUCAAAUGGAAGAUCCGUGGCUUGUCGCUUCUCCAGGAUUUUUGGUGGGCCCCUAAAUCUGGUUGGAAAUGACGCUCAGCAACAAGACAAAAGAAAUCUUUCCCUUCAUGAGUACCUCAGCAUGGACUUACUGAAAGAUGCAGGCAUCAGGAUCCCUAAAGGACAAGUUGCCAGCUCGGCUGAUGAGGCCUUCAAGGCUGCCAAAGCAAUAGGGUCAAAAGAUGUGGUGGUGAAAGCUCAGGUGCUUGCUGGUGGUCGUGGGAAAGGAGAAUUUGAAGGUGGUCUGAAGGGAGGAGUGAAAAUCGUGUACUCCCCAGAAGAAGUCCGAGAUAUUGCUUCAAAGAUGAUUGGAAGAAAACUAAUCACUAAACAAACUGGAGAGAAGGGAAGGAUAUGCAACAAGGUGUUUAUCUGUGAACGCAGGUAUCCAAGAAGAGAGUACUAUUUUGCUAUCACAAUGGACAGAUCUUUUCAGGGGCCAGUUCUCAUUGGUAGCAGUCACGGAGGAGUGAACAUUGAAGAUGUGGCAGCUGAGACACCAGAUGCUAUUAUCAAAGAACCAGUGGAUAUUAUGGAGGGCAUCAAAGGAGAGCAGGCUGCCAAGGUUGCUCAGCAAAUGGAUUUCCCAGCUGCGCUAAUAGACGAUGCUGCUGACAUUAUUGUACGUUUGUAUGAACUGUUUUUGAAAUAUGAUGCUACUUUAAUUGAAAUAAACCCAAUGGUGGAAGACUCAUCGGGCAUGGUCAUGUGCAUGGAUGCAAAAAUUACUUUUGAUUCUAAUGCUGCAUAUCGCCAAAAACAAAUCUUUGAGUUGCAAGACUGGAGCCAAGAAGAUGAAAGAGAUCAGGAAGCAGCGAAGGCGGACCUGAACUACAUUGGUCUAGAUGGCAACAUUGGCUGCUUGGUGAAUGGUGCAGGACUGGCUAUGGCAACAAUGGAUAUUAUAAAACUUCAUGGUGGUACUCCAGCUAACUUUCUAGAUGUGGGAGGUGGAGCAACUGCCCAGCAAGUUACACAAGCCUUUAAGCUAAUUACUUCAGACAAAAAGGUUCAGGCAAUUCUGGUGAAUAUAUUUGGUGGAAUUAUGCGUUGUGACGUAAUUGCUCAAGGAAUCAUUACUGCUGUUUCAGAUUUGCACUUAAAAAUUCCCAUCGUUGUUCGAUUGCAAGGUACACGUGUUGAUGAUGCAAAAGCAUUAAUAGCGGCAAGCAGCCUGAAAAUUCUUGCCUGUGAUGAUCUGGAUGAUGCAGCGCGAAUGGUUGUCAAACUUUCAGAAAUUGUUUCACUGGCGAAAGAAGCACAAGUCAAUGUGAAUUUCCAGCUCCCAAUCUAAUCACAAUACUCCAGCCUCGAAAGUGGAUGCUUUAAGGGGACAGUUGUUAAACAGCUAUUUAUUUUUCAUAUGCUUAUGUUUUUUGAAAUGUUUGCUUAAUAAAAUGAAUGUGGUUAGCAACCUGGAGUUAUUUAUUUGCUUGAAGGGGAAAGAAAGGUAUGUUUAGAAGAAGCAACACUGAUUACUGCCUUUUCCAGGCUAUAUUAACUUAUGAAAAUCUGUCAUGCCAGUUCAUUAACAUUGGAUGCUUCAGAGCAAUGUACUCCACAUGAAACAUCUUAACUUGCUUAGCACAAAGGCUGUUUUUCUUUGGUGCACAUGGUCAUAGUGCAGUUUGUCAAUUGGCUUUUUCCAAUGAAAUGUGUAAAAUUUUAACAUCUACAUUAAAAUAAUGAAUGUCAUGUAAAUGUUGAGUGGUUUUGUUAAAUUGUUAACAAACAGUAAUUUCUGUCUUUUAAUUCCUUCAUCUAUUGGUCAUGCAAGAGUCAAAGUACAAUAGUGCAAUUAUUCGACCAGCAAAAUAGAGAUCUACUUUCAGCAAUCCCUGUGAUCUACAUUCAAAUCUCUCUGUGGCAGCUGUGGAAUUUAAUUUUAAUUAAUAAUCAGAAAUACAUGAAAAAAACUGUUGCCCUUAUCUGAUGGGGCCAUUAAGUGACUCAAAUCUCAUACAAGAACCUAGCAAACCCCUUAGUUCAAGGGCACAUAGGAAUAGGGAGUAAAUUCUGGCCUUACCGGUAACGCUAGUGUCCUGAAAAAUGAAUUUUGAAGAUAUCCUCCACUAAGCAUAAGAUUUGCAUGUACAGAAGCGGUAAUUAUGCUAUUUUCUGUGCUUUUUAGAUUGUUUUUUGUUCUUCCAUCGAAGAUAGGAAAUGAGUCAUUUUUAUGGCUUGUUUACUGCUUUGUACUGGGUAACUAUGUUCUGUCAGCUUGCACAGUUAAUUAUAUCAGCAAUUUUUAUAAUUUUGUAAAUUUUAUCUAUAAAUAAUUCUAGUACCUUCAAUGAUACAGAACAAAUGUUAUGUUGACUUAGUAAGUUUAUUACACGAAUGUGUACAUUGCAUGUGAUUUAGUUUCUCUGUUUAAAAAUGCUCUUCAUUAUGCCACUCCUGUUUAUUUUAGACAAAUAAAACACUGGCCAAAGAAUUCCCACUUAGCAGAGAUAUGAUUCCAGUGAAAUAUGAAAGACUGAGUAUGCAAGAAUUUUGAGCAAUUUUAAGACUGCAAUCCAUUGAUUUCUGUUUGGUAAGGUAUCAGAUGAUAUGGAGCAAUGGCCAUGUGGCUCACUUUGAGUCCAUUGUAUUAUCAAACUUUAUGGAAAAUUCAAAUAAAGACAACAUGAGCAAUAUAAAGCUUAGUGCCACAUGGUGUAAUUAUGAGUGUAAUUACAGCUCCCUAUGCUGCUGCAAAGAAGUCCUAAAUGAUUUUUUUUAAAAACCUGCAAAUGCUGGAAAUUGAGAAAAAAAUUAUAGAAAAUGUUGAGAAGGGCUAAGGUUAGGCGGAAUUUGCAGAAAUAGAGAAAAAUUAACAUUUCAGGUCAAACAUCCUCAGAGCUGGAGAACAGUGAAAACAAGAUAGUUUUAAGUACAACACUGGUCUGACCCUCUCUGCACCUUAAGACUAACUUGUUUUCUCUCUUCCUCUCUCUAAUGAAGUGUCUUCAUCCUGAAAGACUAAUUCUGUCCCUCUUUCCUCAGAUAAUGAAUGUUAAUUGCAUUUUUUAAAUUUCAAAAUUUUAAAUUAUUAUAAAUUUUCCUUUCUGGGUAGAGCAUUUUCACUAUGCAGACUUUUCAAGGCUUUACUGUUUUGAUGUCUGUUCAGAUUCUCACUGAAUUGUGUCUGUCUGAUUUAAUGAAAACUAUGGAUUUGUGAUAGUGUAUGUGAAAAAUGAAAAUGACAGCUCAGAAUGAAACAUAAAUAUCAUCUGAACUUUAAUUUAUUUUUAAGUUCAACCGGGGUCUGUAUCUGCGAUGAUAUUAAUAGAGUUUUUAUUGAAACUGCAACAAUUUUAAUGAAAAUAAUUAGAAAAAAUGGUCAUUCUGUUCAUUUAGUACAGAAAACAAUGAAUUCUAAAGAUUGCUUAACUUAGUCAAGGUUGCCAUUUAUUUUUAACAGUUGUUUUCCCUAUUGAAUGUUCAGUAACCUAUGUUUAUUAAAUUUGAAUGCACUAAUUGUGUGAGAUGAAGGUAUGCUGAUCUAACACAAAUCUGAAUGUUGUUUUUAUUUGAUCAU